AUGUCAGAGGGUGUAAAGAAACAGGACUUUGUUGAAGAUCCUCACAAGAAUCAAGUUACUUCUGUAGAAAAUCCUGCGGAUAAUCUCCAACAUCCAGAUUCAGAUAACAAUACAAAUGGUGAAAAUCCCAUGCCCUCGCCACAACAGGAGGAAGAAGUUAUCAAGAAAAAGUAUGGAGGCCUAAUACCAAAGAAGCCCCCACUAAUAUCCAAGGAUCAUGAACGCGCUUAUUUUGAUUCUGCUGAUUGGGCAUUGGGGAAGCAAGGAGCACAAAAGCCCAAAGGACCACUGGAAGCACUUCGCCCAAAGUUGCAGCCAACAACGCAGCAGACACAUUCAAGGCGCUCAGCUUAUGCUCCAGCAGAUGAAGGUGAAGCAGACGGCUCCAGCAACAAUGCCUCGCUAGAGCAUCAGAGUGCCACCGAAGAUGUUGACAGCGAUAACACUAAUACUUCUCAGGACCAAUGCCAUUAA